AUGAACUUGUCGCUCGUGGAUCCAUUCGUCUUGGCCCAAGAGUACCCCGAUACUCUGACUGAAAAGCUUAGCAGCGGUCAUGCGACAUGCUUGAGUUUCAACCACAAAGGCGAUUACCUUGCCUCCGGACGAGUGGACGGCACAGUGGUGAUCUUCGAUAUUGAAACGAACGGCGUCGCGCGCAAACUCCAAGGUCACACGCGACAGAUCCAAUCUCUCAGCUGGUCCCGCGAUGGCCGAUAUCUUCUCACGUCUUCCCAAGACUGGAAAUGCAUCUUAUGGGAUCUUCAAGACGGCUCACGAGUGCGCACCGUCCGAUUCGAAGCUCCGGUCUACAUUGCCGAACUACACCCAUUCAACCAUCUUCUCUUCGUCGCCUCUCUCUUCGAGGACCAACCCGUCCUCGUGGAUGUCUCCAGCCCAAAACCCAUAAAACGAAUUCUCCCCUCCGCACCCCUCCGCGCAACCGAAGAUGUCGACCCAGCCGCAGCAGCCAAACAAGCAGCCCAAGAUGCGAAGCACUCUACUUGCGUGACUAUCUUCACAGCAUUUGGCAACCACAUCAUUGCCGGAACCUCGAAAGGCUGGAUCAACAUCAUCGAAACGCAAACUUGCACGACCAUCCACUCAAUGCGCCUCUGCAACGGCGUCGUCAUUCUUCUCCGCCUCGCCUCAAACGGUCGCGACCUUCUAGUCAAUAGCUCUGAUCGUGUGAUCCGCACAGUGCUCAUGCCGGACCUGUCCCAGCUAGGCAUCGACCUCGAGGCAUCUUCAAUCAAACUGCAUGUCGAGCACAAGUUCCAAGACGUCGUCAAUCGUCUCUCUUGGAACCACGUCACAUUCUCUUCGACCGGUGAAUUUGUCACAGCGACUACAUUUAUGAACCCAGAUAUCUACGUCUGGGAACGCAGUCACGGCUCACUAGUCAAAAUCCUGGAAGGACCAAAGGAGGAGCUUGGCGUGGUUGAAUGGCACCCCUCGCGACCAAUGGUUGUAGCUUGCGGACUGGAGACGGGAUGCAUCUACACGUGGUCGAUCGUGAGUCCGCAAAAAUGGUCUGCGCUCGCACCUGAUUUCGGCGAGGUCGAGGAGAACGUCGAAUACAUGGAAGCGGAAGACGAGUUCGACGUUCACCCGGCCGAGCAGGUUCAUCAGCGACGACUCGAUCUCGAAGAUGAGGAGCCUGAUGUUGUGACCAUGGACUCGGUCAAGGGAGAGGAAGUCGACGGUGUGGAGCCAUUCAAUUUCCCUGUUCUCCUUGAUGUGGAAGACAGCGAUAGUGGGGAGGAUGUUGUUGCCGUUGGGCCUGGUACCAUGCGCAAGCGGACGCCUGGCCCUAAGGAAAAUGAAGAGAAGGCGGCUAACGGAAGGAAGAGGCGCAGCGGCGUCUCAAAUAACGAGGAACGCAAAUACCACUGGGCCUUCCUGAUCGGACCAAAGAAAGAAGACAUACAAGCCAUACCAGGCAAGCGUUACCACGUCAAGAACUCCCCCUUCGGCUGGGAAUUCGAGGAGGAUCUAUUGGAUGAUGUCCGAAACGCCAGCAACCUCCUGGCGCGCAUUGUCAUUGCGAAGAUCCAAGAUGAGCAGCGUCUCAUUUCAAUCUUUAACCGCCUUCCUGUUGUGCAAGGAGAUCCGAGCUGGAGGUGUCGAACGUGGAUGGCAAGUGCCGUUGACGAAAUUGCAAAGGAUGGGAAAUGUGUCGGCACCGCUGAGUUGGAUUAG